GGAGCAGAACCCAGGAAGUUAGCCACUGUUGUGUUUCUUGAGGUGUACAUUUCCAGUUUAGUUUAAUAUCACAAUAGUUUGGUGCGCCGAAAUGGCGACAUUUAUAUCUGUACCGUUGAAGAAGUCAACGGAAGUCGAUUUAGUAAAACCUCUAUCGAAAUUUGUCACAGCCACGUAUCCACAAGGAGAAGAACAAGCGGAAUAUCUGCGAGCGGUUGAAGAACUCAAUAAGCUGCGCAAAAGCGCUCUUGGGAGGCCUCUGGACAAACACGAGAGCUCGUUGGACAUACUUUUGCGGUACUAUGAUCAACUGUGUGUCGUCGAGCCCAAAUUUCCAUUUCCGGAGCUCUGUCUCACGUUCACCUGGAAGGAUGCAUUCGAUAAAGGAUCACUGUUUGGCGGCUCGGUCAAACUCGCAUUGGCAUGCCUGGGCUACGAGAAGACGUGUGUCCUCUUCAACAUUGGAGCCCUGGCCAGCCAGAUCGCCUCCGAACAGAACCUGGACAGUGACGAGGGGCUGAAGGCUGCUGCCAAGAACUACCAACUUGCUAGCGGUGCGUUUGCACACAUCAAAGACACGGUCCUGUCCAUGCUGUCGCGGGAGCCCACAAUGGACAUCUCCCCGGAGACGGCCGGCACCCUCAGCCAGAUCAUGCUGGCCCAGGCUCAGGAAGUCUUCUGCAUCAAGGCCACCUCCGAUAGAAUGAAGGACGCCAUCAUUGCAAAGCUGGCGAUGCAGGCUGCAGAUUUCUAUGGCGACGCUUUCAAGCAGUGCCAGUACAAAGAGAAUCUGCCCAAGUAUUUUUAUUUCCAGGAGGUGCUGCCCGUCCUGGCCGCCAAGCACUGCAUGAUGCAGGCCACCGCCGAGCUGCACCAGGCCACCCUGGCCAACCAGAAGAAGCGCUUUGGAGAGGAGAUCGCACGCCUACAGCACGCAACCGAGCUGACAAAAACCGUGGCAUCGCGCUACGACGAGUAUGUGAACGUGAAGGACCUGUCGGACCGCAUCAGCAAGGCCCUGGCGGCCGCCAAGAAGGACAACGACUUCAUCUACCACGACCGCGUCCCCGAGGUCAAAGACCUGGACAGCAUCGGCAAGGCAACGCUUGUCAAGGCAACCGCCAUCCAGACCCCUCUCAGCCAGAAGUUCACAGAUCUUUUUGAGAAGAUGGUUCCCAUGGCGAUCCAGCAGGCCGUCAGCGUGUCCAAUCAGAGGAAGGCUGACACGGUGAACAGGCUGGUGGGCAGCCUGAGAGAGGCCACCAACCUCUGCAACGGUGUCCUGGCGUCCCUGAACCUGCCGGCCGCGCUGGAGGACCUGUCUGGGGACUCGGUGCCCCAGUCCAUCCUGGAGAAGUCGCGCGGCGUCAUGUCGCAGGGCGGCCUGCAGAGCGUGGAGCAGCUCAUCAAGGACCUGCCCGAGCUGCUCACGCGCAACAGGGAAAUACUUGACGAGUCUCUGAAGAUGCUGGAUGAUGAGGAAACCACAGACAACGAGCUGAGGGCCAAGUUCAGCCAGCGCUGGCACAGAACGCCCUCCGGAGAUCUCUACAAGCCCCUCAGAGCAGAGGGUGGCAACUUCAGGAAUGUGCUGGACAAGGCUGUGUCGGCGGACCAGGUGGUGCGCGAGCGCUUCAACACCCACUGUGAGAUGAUCGGCCUCCUGUGCCGCCCCGAGAACGAGCUCAACGCAGCCAUACCCUCCGCCAACCCCACCAAGACACUACAGGGCAGCGAGGUGGUGAGCGUGCUGCGAGCGGAGCUGGCUCAGCUGGACGAAGUGAAGCAGGAACGCGAGGUGCUGGAGGGCGAGAUCAAGUCGGUGACCUUUGACAUGACCGCCUCCUUCCUGACGGCGCUGGCCCAGGACGGCGCCAUCAACGAGGAGGGCCUUAGCAACGGGGCCCUGAACACGCACUACGGCAACCACACGGAGCGCGUGCAGAAGAGCCUGCGCGCCCAGGAAGAUCUGCUCGCCAAGAUACAGACCUCCCACCAGGAGUUCUCGGCCCUGAAGCAGAGCACCACCGAGGCAGACGCCAGAGAGGAGGUGCUGAAGAAGCUGGCCGCCGCCCACGACAGCUACACAGAGAUCUCCAGCAACCUCAAGGAAGGCACUAAGUUUUACAACGACCUGACAGAGAUCCUACUAAAGUUCCAGAAUAAGUGCAGUGACAUUGUAUUCGCCCGCAAAACGGAACGAGACGAGCUCCUCAAAGAGCUGCAACAGAGCAUUGCCCGUGAGCCCAGUGCUCCCACAUUCAACGUUCCAGCCUACCAGACUGGCCCUUGCCCCCCUCCCGGCCCUGGUGGGCCCACGCCAGCUCCACGCACUGUUUUCACCCCACAACCAACUCCCAACGCCCAAGCCACACCACCAGCCCGACCCCCACCACCCAGCCCGACCCCCUCCUCCACCUCCACCACCACCACUCCACAGCCCCAACCAACUCAGGCCAAAGGUCCACCUGCCAGACCCCCACCCCCUGCCGUCACCCCCCAGGCAGCCCCUGGGGCCCCUCCAGCCAGCAGUGCUCCCCCCGCCGUCGGACCCCCUACCGGCACCAACCCACCACCAAUGGCCCCCGGCGCAUCGCAGGCACAGGGACCCCCAUACCCAAGCUAUCAGGGAUACCCAGGGUACUACCAGAUGCCCAUGGGCUACAACCCCUACAUGUACGGUGGCCAGUAUCCUACCCAGAUGCCCUACAUGCCCUACCAGACACCCCCGGGUCAGGGAGGCUACCCGACGGCCCCCAACCAGCCAACCAGCCACCCUUACCCUUACCCCCAACAACCUGGCCAGCAACAGCCUUACUACCCUCAGCAAUAAGCACUUACACCAGUCUCUUACACCCCCCCCCCCCUUACCCUUUAAAAAGAAAAACGUUACCACACAUGUUCCCUCUAUGUUCUGGGCCUUAUACCACACAGCUAGCCCGUGCCCUAUACAACACUCCGAGGCCUAUGCUCUAACCCCCAAUUCCUGUUACGCCUCAGUAACUUUUGCAGAGCUCUAAUGACUUGACGUGGUGGUGUUGCCAUCGACACCCACCCCCUCCACACACACACACACACACACACACACACCGCCCCUUUCUUUGCACCCCUAAUCUGCACCUGUACGACUACUAGCCCAAAUAACGUUCGCACAGUACAGUCCUGCUGUCUCAGCAAUAAUUACGUUUUUUUGUGCACUCUUGAACCCUGUUUAAUUGUAUGUCCUUAAAAUAACUCAUGGCACUGCCCUUAUCUUGUUUUGAUAACCUAAUCCAGACGGUACCCAUGCCCACCCAGUCCCACGCAUUCCACUACCCAUCCCCACCCACCCACUCAACGCGAGAAACGAGUUUCUAUUAUGCGGAGAUACCUCUGAAAACACACCUACUUUUGUUUGUUGUUUUCUUUUUUAUUGUUCUGUUGUUUGCAUGUGAGAGUCAGUGCGCUGACUACUAUCUUUUCUUCAGAAAUACCCUAUGGUCAUUCCUGAAACCCACACCACCCUUUCACAAACACACACACACACACAAUCACACAUACACGCACACCACCUCACCUCACCCGACCAUCCUCACUACCUUUGUCUUUAACUGACAUCCAAAGUUUAGAAAAGGCGCUUGUUUGGGGCAGGCGUCUUAUUUUUAUAUUGAGAAAAAAAAAUUCAGUACAAAACCUUAACAUGCUUGAAGGAGUUAUAAUCGUAUAGAAGAGAAAAGCAAAGCAUUAUAAUAUUCUAGCGGGAGUUUCAUGAUUUUUGUGCACAUUGCUGAUCAAUGUUUUUGGGAGGAGAAAGUCUGUUGAACUCUUUUUUUGUGUUUUGUUUAGUUUUGUUUUUUUCUUUAAUUGCUAUUCAUGUUGCAUUUACAUCCAUCAUUCUAGUCAGUGCUUUUUGGAGGGCUUCACUGAUGUAAUUACUUUAUUAACAAUCAACUAUGUUUGUGUUUUUAUGUUUCCACGUGGGAUUAAAAAUCUGGACAUAAAGCA